AUGAUCGUGGCUCUGAUUGUUUUCCUUACUGUGAAUAAGGGUCCUUACUUCCUUAUCUGGGACCUUUCUUUUUCGAAACUCUACACGAAUUCCUUGAUCGCUUCCCUAAACGCGCGUGCAGUUCAUAACCGGGAGGAACAAGCCCGACCGGCUCUCUUCAUUGAUGAUUCCACGAUCGGGAACUCCAGUAACAGCAAAGUGAACACUAGCACAGGAGCGGGUCAACCGUCGACGCGAGCUUGGGACGAUGUGCCUGUAUCUAUUGGGCUUCCACUGACAGCGAUACAUUCACACAAAGCUCCUUUUACCAGUAGUCACUACUCGCUUCCCAGAACAUUCGGCGACUUUGAAACGGGAAUCGAUGAUGACACCUGUGCCGGCUCUAAGUGUCAUUCAUCCGGAUGA